CCCACUCUACUCUUCGCGCUCCUCACGCUCCUUACUGUACACUGCUUACAGCCUUCACGCUCGGCCUUACCGGAACCCAGCGCAAUUGCGAGCAGAUGUGUACUCGCCGACCACCACCAGCUAUCAAGGCGAUCACCUGCAACACCUGUCUCGGCUGAACUUAAGGCACAGCACGGCCAUCAUGUCAUCACACCAGGCGCUCCAGGGGCACCGGUGGGGUGGCUUCUUUACGGGAGCAACCACACCACGGCGGAAGAGGAGGAAGGUUACUCCGGUUACCCCGCGGCUGCCCAUAAAUCCGCCAACCGCUGUGCAGACACCAAUGCAACCCCCGCGAUUCGAUUUCCCACCUUCUGUCCAGCGCCACUUGCCCCAAGCAAUUGCAGACAUGGUUAGCGAGAGCUCCGGCGAUGAAGACGGGCAACAGCAACAGCAGCGAGGGCUCUCACCCGCGGACAGGGGUCUGCAGCGUCCGUUGAACCUCCCAGCUCCCAUCCCUUUCCCUUUUCCCAGCACACCGGGAUCCCUGGUGUAUGAACCCCCGCCACCACCACCAGCUCAACGACCCCGCCCGCAAACACAUGCCAGCACUAAGGUUUCGCUUCACCGAAUCAUCCAAAAUCACAAUCAAGUCCAAAGGGAGCGCCUGACAACGUUCAUCGCCGAUGUUCAGGUCCUUGCGCGCCACACCACGUUCUUCCUCAAGUACUACCUUGCUGAUCAUCCUCUACACGAUUUCCCGGACAUCACCGACAAGCACAGUAGUGUGAUAUUUGAGCUACUAAACAAUCCGGGCUAUAACGGCAAUCCGGUCAUAGCGCAAGAGUUGCGUCCACGGGUUCAAGAGUACCGUAAUGUUCACGGAUUUGCCCCCAUCCGCAUGCGAAAUAGCCAACAGACCGCGGCGUACACGGCUACGAGCAUCUUCACAAACCUCAAAGUUAACGUACAAGAGCAUUUCAUGCAAAUGUUUCUGCGCUACGUCAAUGAAAGGCUUGGUUUGAAGCAAGUCGUACUGCAUCUUCGGAGAGCCGGAGUCAGCCGAGCGCAGCGCCAACAGUAUUAUUGGCGUGUCCGUCAAUUCAGAAAGUACGCGACAUUUGAAGAGUACCCAACCGAAGAGGAGUUUGCCGGCCUCACACGACUUGAGCGGACUCUCCUCGACGACUUAUGGGCUCUGUUUCCUCCCCAGGAUGAACCGCUUGCAUACAGUCUUGAUGUGGACGCAAUGCCAUAUUUAGGUGCCUAUUGUGAGCUCUCACGCCUCUAUGAGCGCCGUGGAAUGCGGCUGUUUUCCGCUAUCCCGCUGCGCAAAUCUCGAAUCCAGUCGUCUGUUCGGAUCGACACGAAGAUCCUAGCCACUCAUAUCUUGGGCUUGAGCCGCCGUCGCAUGGGGAAACCCACUGAUGAACGCAAGCGGGAGCUGUGGGGGCAGUUUAUCAACGUGAAUGACAAGGUCUUCAAACAUCGAAAGAAGCUUGGUCUCAAGUUCGAUGGGUCAAUUAGCACCGACGGGUAUUCCGUUACCAUCCACUUCAAGAAGCCAGGGCUCAAGUAUGGGUAUCGGGCCCGGAAGCGCAGCAAGGCCCAAAUGCGGGAAGAAGUCAAGCAGCUGUAUUUUGAGCACCACAUUGACGACUUAAGGGAGGCUCCAAACAUCGUCUGCAUUGAUCCGGGCAAGCGUGACCUCCUAUUCUGUCGAGACAACAAGAAGGAGCGGCCAUUUCGAUAUACAUCCAAUCAACGGGCGGUCGAGACAAAGUCGCGGUACUUUCGGAGAGACAUGACAGAGCGGAAGAUCAAUGCCGGCGUUGCUGAGAUGGAAUCACAGAUUCCAUCGCACAAGAGCAUGAACAUCGAGGCGUUCUCAGCGUUCAUUGUGGAUCACGUACAUGCGGAUCCCGCCCUGGAUGAGUUUUACCGGGAUGAGAUUCAUGUCGCUCGCAGAUUCAAGGCGUUCUCACUGCGGCAAAGGUCUGAGAGCAAGCUCAUUAAGAACAUGCGACGCCGGUAUGGAAAGCAUUUUUCGGUCAUCUUGGGUGAUUGGAGCGAUGCUGGGAAAACGAUGCGCUUUCAGGAGUCAUCAAAGACCAAAGGAUUCCGCACACUCUUUGCGAGAAACAGCAUUCCAUGCUACUUGCUGGAUGAGUAUCGAAAGUCGUCCGUGUGCCCCGACUGCCACGGCCGUGUGAAGAAAAACAUCCGACAGCGGCUGUCAUCUCGGCCAUGGCAAGCUAGAAAGGGGAGAAUGGAAUUCGUCCAUGGAUUGGUGGGUUGCCCCAACCCUGAAUGUAUCAACCAAGACUGGACGCCAUUUGAGAUUCCUGGAAGACGACGACCACUACGACUACGGAUGAGAGUGCACAAUCGGGACGUCCUGAGCACCAAGAAUUUCCUCUCGAUUGUGCGUUCGGUGGUGUUUGGCAAUGGCCGCAGACCAGACGCAUUCUCCCGUAACCGUAGGUAGUCUAGAUUUCACCCCAUCCCAUUUUCCGUGGUGGUUAUCUGCCAUCCACAUCAUUGUACCUCUGCCUGAGGCGUCGCCGAUGAUGGCAACUUGUAUACUCGACU